AUGAGAAAGCCUAUUCCUCAGUUCAACUUCAGCCCUAUGGGUUGUGAGAUAUACGUUGGCGAGAUUUGCUUGACCUACGUCAACUUCAGAGAUUUCAAGAAAACAUCGUCCCACCGCGACAUCACCACGGCCCCCAACCCUUAUCAGAUUGACAUUCCCGACAUGAUAGUCGACAACACAAUCCAAUCUCUAAUUCCAAAUUCGCAUGGCAGGAUUGUGGCAAAUCUGAUCAAGAUACCGUUCCGCAAGCAGAAAUCGGUUUUCAACAUGGAUCAGGAGGCCCAGCACACGAACCCAUGGCAUAGCAGCGUGCCGACGGACCUGACAACUACGCGCGACCAUCCUUUCCUGUGUUAUGCAAAGGCAAAUUGGCUUCAACACACACGAAACAUUUCGUCCGCCUCGAACGCAUGGGGUUUGUGGGAGCGCAUGGUCAUUGAAGAUCAUGCACCAUGGGUCGACUACGACUGGCAUCCGCUCGAGAUACCGGUAUUCGACUACGAUACGCAUAUUCCAGCUGAUCACCCUUGCCAUAUAGUCUUUAGCGGUGCCGAGGAAGGCCGCAGAUGGCUAGCCCUACAUAAAGCCAUAGCCUAUGCGAACAUGCUGGAGCACCACCCGCUGCUGGACAAGCUCGUCUCGAUCUUCGUCGAGGAUAAUCUUCUCAUCGAGACUGAGAUUCUCGAGACAUUGAUACAAGUCAAGCCAGUGCGACAGCUUUUACCAGAUGAUGAGACAGAAAACAACGGGAUCGAUGUUCAUGGCUGUUUGGUCAAUCUUGUCACACAAAUCUUAGCUCGCGGCGGAGAGCUGUGGCCAAAACCACAAGCGAAUCGCAGCUUGCUGAACCGCCCGAUAAGUACCUGCGGUGAAUGGUGCGCCCAUCAUAAUUGGAAAGGCAUCCAUAUGGAUGUGUGUCAGGUCCUUCGAGGGGAAGCGAUGUAUUCCAGCCGAAUUAUGCGCAUCUUUGCUCAAGUAUCGAAUACGACGCUCACCGACGAAACUUUCCAAAAGCUCAAAAGCGAGUUUCGCCAGGGAGACAGAGAGAGCAGAAGGUUAAUCGUUAUCAGCAGAACAGUCCGCGGCAAGAGCAUUGUCGAUCUGGUCAUAGAACGAGGCGGUCGCCCAUCAGCGACGAUCACUCAGUGGAUACUGGAGCAGUGCAAAAGAAUUUCCAGGGACGACAUCAAGCAAAUAACGCGUGCUGGUAUACUUCACGCGUUUAAAACGCGGAACUCUCAUGCCUUGUCAGUUCUGGUGGACUUCACGGCUCAAACACUGCCGGUGCUGUUGCCAAAGGUUGACGAAGAACUCCUGGAUCGUGCUCUGGGACAAUCGUGGUUACCUAUCGACUUGCGACGGCGUGUUAUGAGCUACUUUAUCCCUCCAGUAGGACUGGAAGACUUGGAAGAGCGACGUGUGAGACGGAAUCUGCUCUUGAAAUCUAUCAAAUUGUGGGAGUGGGAUUUUGCUCUAGCACUUCACAAGUCCGGGGCUUGCCUCGCAGAUAAUCCAGAAGCAAAGGGUAAAAACACGGCCGUGGAAAAAUCUGAGAUAAGCUGCGAGGAGGAUACCUACUGGUGCUGGGACUCACUCCUCAGUUGCGCAGCGAACAAAGGCACGGACAUCAGGGGAAGCUGUGCAAUUACCAACGACGCGAAUCGAGAAGUGAGAGGAUUGGUGUACUGCGAAGAUCACAGAAACUGGGGUUACCGCAUUCUAGACGGACAUUCUGCCACCAAAGUCCAAACAUCAGGAAGUACGCAGGAGUCUUUGUCGGGGCUAUUAAGAGCAUCGCUUGAGAACUGGUAG